AACCUUAAAAGAUAUAUAACAAUUAGUAUAAUUUGGUAACCUUAAAAGAUAUAUAACCAUUACAUUUGGUAAACCUUCUUUGUUGUGUUUGUGUGUUGUAGUAUCUUAAGGGUCACUGUCAUGGAUAUGAAUCUUAUAUUCAUGCAUCCUAGACUCCUAGUUCCGGUCAGUUCCGUCCAACUUUUGUUUUUAAAUAAUACAUAUGUCUCCAUUAUAUUAUAAUCACGUAUCCAAACUCAUAAGGCAAGUUAGGUCUCUGUUGGUCAAUUUGGUUGUAUCUACCGUUGAUAAAACCGUAACAUCCUUUGUGGUAAAAAUUGGGCAUGAAAACACAUAUAACGACAUAUGAUAACAUACAGAGAACAUUAAUUGAUUAACAAAGCACACACAUACAUUCAUUAUGCACAUACACAUUAAAAGAUAGAGAUGCGCAGAAACACAUGACAUAACUUUCCAAUGGAGAUAAAAUACCAAAUGAAGCUAUGGUUUUCUUUAAUUGUGCUUUUUGCAAUUACAACAUCGGCUUUGGGGGAAUUUGGAGGACCAUUACUGAAGGAUUUUUAUAAAGAGAGUUGCCCAUUAGCAGAGGAAAUCGUGAAGCAUAACGUCGAGGUUGCUGUUCUCAAAGAUCCUCGUAUGGCAGCUUCUCUUCUUCGUCUUCAGUUCCACGACUGCUUCGUCUUGGGUUGUGAUGCGUCUGUGCUCUUGGACACACAUGGAGAUAUGGUGAGUGAGAAACAAGCAACUCCUAAUGUGAACUCUUUACGUGGAUUUGAAGUAAUCGACUACAUUAAGUACCUCCUCGAAGAUGCAUGUCCUCUAACCGUGUCCUGUUCCGAUAUCAUCGCUAUGGCCGCUCGUGACUCUGUCUUCCUGAGAGGUGGACCAUGGUGGGAAGUUUUGCUAGGAAGAAGAGACUCAUUAAAAGCAAGCUUCGCAGGCGCAAACCAAUUUAUUCCAGCACCAAACUCGUCCCUCGACAGCCUCAUCAACAAUUUCAAACAACAAGGCCUCGACAUUCAAGAUCUCAUUGCUCUUUCGGGUGCUCAUACAAUAGGAAAAGCGAGAUGCUUGAGCUUCAAGCAACGCAUUGUUCAACCAAACAUGGAACAAACGUUCUACGUGGACGAGUUCAAGAGACACAGCACAUUCAGGCGAGUCCUACGGUCACAAUGCAAAGAUUCAAGCCGUGACAACGAACUGUCACCAUUGGAUAUCAAGACAGAAGCAUACUUUGAUAACCAUUAUUACAUAAAUCUGUUAGAGGGGAAAGGGUUGCUGAUUUCAGAUAACGUUCUGGUCACAGAAGAUCACGAAGGAGAGAUCUUUCGAAAAAUAUGGGAAUACGCAGUGGACCAAGACCUCUUCUUCAUAGAUUUUGUGGAAUCCAUGUUGAAAAUGGGUAGCAUCAAUGUUCUUACUGGUAUUGAAGGCGAAAUAAGAGAGAACUGUAGGUUUGUAAAUGUCUGAAUUCAAGAAAAUGUUUUAUCAUUACAAAUUAACCAAGAUUAAAUUACGCGUUUUGUUGGUGCGAAA